AUGAAGAUUCUCCUGUUUGGUUUGCUGCUUGGCCUGGCAUAUGUGGAGUUGGCCCAGUCCUUACGAUGCUACACGUGCAAAGAACCCACAGACAUUUCUCUGUGCAAAACAGUCACUCUGUGCCCCUUGAAAGCCAAUGCAUGCACAACAACACUGCUCUCCGUAGACUUAGGCUACCCCUUUUUUGGCAACAUCACUGUGACCAGAUCCUGCACGGAGAAUUGUGUUCCCUCUGACGGGAUAGGGGCGAACCGCCCGACGUUGUGCUGCUCCACCGACCUCUGCAACGAUGACAGCACCAGCAGCAGCCCGGGGCUGAGAACUAGCUACACAGCACUAGGCUUCACGCUCCUGGUCCUCAUCAUGCUCUUCAAGCCCACUCUUUAA